UGCAUGAUAAGGGAUAGGGGAACCGGAAGAGGAGACAACUGCAUGAUAAGGGAUAGGGGAACUGGAAGAGGAGACAACUGCGUGAUAAGGGAUAGGGGAAUUUGAGGAAGAUAGUACUGUGUUAUAACGGACAUGGGACCUGGAGGAGGAGACAACAGUGUAAUAAGAUAUAGGGGAACUGGGGGAAAGACAACUGUGUAAUAAUCGGUGUGGGUACUGGAGGAGGAAACAACUGUGUUAUAAGUAAUGGAGGAACUGGAGGAGGCUGGUUGAUAAGGGAUAACGAAAAUGGCGGAGGAGAUUGUGGUUAGGAUGUAGCAACAGUUAUUUGGUUAACCUGGAAUUAUUGUAGCCAUGAUGUGAAAGUUAGAUAAUUGUCUGUAGAAAGUGUCUGAUGACUCAUCUCUCUACAUUCCUAUCCAGCAUUUAUCUGAGGAACAGUUUGGGCUGGACGGGAUGGAUUGGCAGCUGAUCAGGUCUCUGUUUAAUGGCUCUGCAGUAGAGGCUGAUUGUAUAUACACUGUGUACCCAAAUAGACUGACUACCAGGCACAACACAAUCUACUGGCAAAUACUACAAUAAGUUAUGAAGCAUAGUGUUGGAUGUGGGUUAAGAAGUUAGCGAUAUAGAGUACAAAGAUGUUCCAAUCUAAAUUAUUUGAUGGUACUUUUAAACCUACAUUGAGUGAUUGAAGUUGAUUGACGUCUUUAGAGAGUUUCGUCUGUAUUGCCAAUUCUGGAAUGUAGAUUCGUUUCUGCGAGAGUUUAACGAAUUUACUGCCGCAAAAGUAUAUAGCCUUUAGGAGUGAUACGUUAAUAGUUUUGGCUUCCCCAUCUCUAUAAACUAGCUACUGGACAUAACGUAACGUGCAUCAUCUGAGUGACUCCGGACAGCUUCAGAGGAAGAGAAUGUUUAAUGUUUCCACUGCUCUGAGGACUUUGGUAACAGCAGUAUACUAGAAUUGUAUUACGUUCCACAUAAUUCAUCAUAUGGAUUGUGAUAUGGAUAAAAAAAAAUACCUGUUCUAGUUUGACAUACAGUGUAAGAUACAACAAAACGCUGCCUACACAUGUACAGGUCAGUUUGGUCACGGACCAAUUUUCAAUAUUUUAUUAUAUAGCAACUGAAUUGUGCUGACCAUUUGAGCACAAACAGGAAUGAAGAAAUUUAAUGGUAUCACAUAUAUCUACAUUGAACUUGUAUACUGCAGAUGUGAAAAUAGACAAUACCUCACUUGAUAUGGCUUCAUUGAAAUCUCUAUUGCAAUUAAGUCAAACAUGAUUUAUCUAUGGACAUGCAUGGUUCCAAAUGAUACCACCGGAUUAAUAAGAACUACAGGACAACUACAACAUAUCCACUGCCCGUGGGCAUCAUAAUUAAGGGGGAUAAAAAUGUUGAAACCAUUUAAAAUCUGUCAAUCGCUUUUAAGACCAUAUCCUACCUUUGUUACUGGAUAACUGACAUAAUACCUAACAAUGGGCCGAUCAGCAGGUCGUAAAGACUCCAGAAAACACGACCACAAGUCGCCGGGUGCUUCCUCCUCCCCAGACGUAUGGUGUAUUUUCAGGGUUAGGGGCGGGGCUCGUUUAUCAGACACGCAGAGAAUAUCAUGUUGUGACAAAGCCACGGGUGUAUGUGAGGGAGACUUGCCAAAACGGCGUUGUUGGCAGCGAGGGAGGAGAUGUUGCGAGGACAAUGAAUUUUCUGAUGACAAGGAGGACAUCUACACAACUGCUGGGGAAUCGUCUGAUAUGGAUGACAGUUCAGCAGAAAAUAGCUAUUGCUCCUACACAAACAGUGCCACCAUGGACCAAAUGGAGCUAGAAGAGCAGUUAGCCCUGGUCCAGGAGAUGGUCCAGGAGAUGAAGACAGGUUUUGCUACAGCAAUGGAAGAGCUAGCCAACAUUCAAUUUGGGGACCAAACCUUACAACAACAAAUGGUUACUGACCGGUCAGAAAACAGACAGAGGACUGUGGAACUGACGGACGCAGUACAGUCCUUAAAGGUUGAAAUUGAGAACCUGUCUGGUCAGUUAAAGGAAGUGUCCGAGGCUCAAAGGUCACUGGAGGUCAAAGUAGACAAUGUCAAGUCCUUCGACAAAGAGGCAUUCCUGGAUGAAUUGCAGAAUCUGGGAGUUGUAAAUGACCAGGCCAGGUACCAGGUACCGACCAGUACGAGAAGUAGUGAGGUUCAGCCCAAGGAUGUGUCCCCUCUAGUCCACCCCUAUUUGGCCAGUCUCGCACAGGACAAAGGGGAUGACUCGGACGCCCAGUCAGUGACGGCCCUGGCCUGUAAGAGUCUGAACCUGUCACAGGCAUUACACGAAAAGUGCUUACACUUAGACUUGUCUGCCUCCAGUGAUGAUGAUGAAACAAUUCGCCAUGCCCAGAAUGCAAGACUGGCACUACUCAACCCUGAUACCAUUCACCUUUCCGAGGCCAAAGCACACUUUUCUAAGAAAAUCCCUCCACAUGAGAAAGUUCUGGAAGAAGUUCAGAGAGAGAAAUGUGCCCAGGAGGCCAUCAAUGCUGAGAGAUCCUACUGCUCACAGUUAUGGACCCUGAUUGACGCAGUUAUACGACCCCUUCGCCAGGAGGAGCUCAUGGCACAACGAGAUCUCAACACAGUCUUUCCGUCAUAUCUUCCACACCUGUAUGAACAGCACUGUAUUAUGCUACGAAAGAUGGAGGAGCGUAUGCUUAAGUGGAAGUACACUGGCUUAAUCGGAGAUGUAUUUGUCAAGUUUACAGACGCCCAGGAGGGGGAGGGUCUGUCUGUGUACAAAGACUACAUCAACGAUUUCCCUACAGUGAUUAGUAACAUGAACUACUGGUUCACACAGUCUGCCCGCUUCAGAGAUAUUAUGGGGAGCUCCAGCUUGGCUACUUCUAGUGUGAUUCCCUUACUGCUGGCUCCCCUACAACAGAUACCCAAAUACUCACUCCUCAUCAAGAACAUGCUUAAACACACGGAACCCGACCACCCAGACCGCUACUACCUAGACACCGCUCUGACUCGGCUCAAGAGUUUCCUAGGCAUGAUGAACAAUGACCUUGAGCAUGCCAUGCAGUUCAUGAAUGUCAACAAGGAUCCUAUUGAUAGGUCUCGUGAUUAUGGCAAUUCCAUACGAUCUCGUUCGAGCGGCAGUAGCUGCGAAGCGAACCAAGUGUCAAGUGCAAGAGACAGUGGUAUACAUUCCAAUGGGGAAGAUACUUUACUACGGCAGCCUGCCUCUCCAAACACCACCAGGAGGUAUGUCUUGCAGGUGUUGCGGGACCGUCGUGAAAGAGAGGCUGUAGAGAGUCUCAAUGAGAUCAGAGAGAGACCAAGGUCAGCCAUUCCUGUGCGGUCACAUGUUCUGGGCUACGGAAGCCACCCUGACCUUACAACACGUGAACUCACAGAGUUUGUGUCAGGAGGGACCAGGGACCUUCCAUCAUAUGCUCCGUACCAAUCUGCAAGCAAGAUGUACUCCUCUAUGACCAAAAUUCAGCAAACAAGAGAUCCACCAAAAAGUCCAGAGAAGCCUCCUCGCAAGAUAAAGAUUCGGAGACGACCAGAUAGUCAGAAAAGUUCAAUGAGUUCUAAUUCUAACUAUCUCAGGCCAUUGACACCUCACCUUCCAUUUAACAGUACAUCGAGACAGGAUGUUUACAAUGAGAAUGACAUUCCACGCUCUCACUCUGCAAACAGAAGACUGCGAAGUAACCGACCAGCUUCAUCUAUAGAUUUCACAGGUGGUGAUUCAGAAAGGAGAAAUAAAAUGAUUGAACAAAUUUCUUUUCAUCCCCCUGUACUUAGCACUCCCAGGGAUCACGCAUCUGACGGGAGGAGUCAUAGUGAACUUCAUUUAUCUCUUCAGCGUCUCAUGGCAGAGAGGGAUCGGUCAGAUGCUCUGGAAAAUGACCGCUACGAUAGACCAGUCAACCACUUCCAACCACUAGAUGUAAGCUCUGUUCACUCAUCAGAAGUGAGAGAAAGUUAUCCUCAGCACAAUCAAAGGAGCUCAAACUAUGGACAGGAAAUGCAUCAGCAGCAGGAGGACUAUGGGAUAUUCGGGGAUGAUGAUGAGGAGGAAAGCUAUCAACAUAGUCCUCGAGACAUUGUGACUUCUCAAAGAUCAAGGCCACGAGACACUGAGGUGUUGGGAAGUGAUAGGAACUUUGUUUCGGCAGACAGUGGUCUACAUUUAUCAAGAUCAGGGAAUGUAGGCCCCAAGGUAAUGAGUGGAGAGCAACUGGCAGCAUCGCUAGCCCUCAGUCUUGGUGACCAAAUCUCAACAGAGGAGGAGGAUUCUACCUCCAGUCAUGACCAUGCACAUCUGAACUCUCAUGGCCAACAAGGAUCAAUGCAUCUAUUAUCUAGCCAGGCAGUUAGCAGUAAUGAACAGUUAGAUCAUACACCACGGGCUACAGAAAGGGUGGAAAGUUCAAAUGGGAGCCAUAAGCUAGAGCCAAGGAAACCUGCAAGGGGAGUAAACUCUGUGAAAAGGAGCUCAGUGCAGAGUAGUUACGAUAAAGGUGAAGUGGUCGGUGACAGUGUCAUCCAUGUUAUAAAUGACAGCAGUGAUAACCCAAGACUCUCUCAUCCAAGUGGUAUACCGAUAGACCUGAAGACAGACAAUAAUAUCAACCAAAGUAAUAUUAACACAUUAGAGAGAGCAAGGAAAUAUGUUGUUCCUGCUGAAAAACCAUCAGAGGAUACUAUGCCAAGACAACAAAUACCAACCAAAUUACGAACAAGUUUUUCUGACAUUAAUAGAAAUGAAUUGAAAGUAAGUAGUGUUGACAGUAAUAAUGUAAUAAAACGAACCGCAUUACCGGUCGCCCAACAGUCUCAACGAACUGGUUUGUCUCCUAGUAAUGCUGAUGGGACACACAUCCCCACCAUCAGAGGUCGCCGUGGGUCAGCAAGUGUGGAGAGAACUCCCAAAAAGUUACCAGUGGUCAUGGGUCGACUUAGUCAGCCCAACCUCGAGCAGAUGACGGCAGGGGCCAAGUUUCCAUCUCCUCCAGUCAGCCCCACAAAGAUGACAGCUAAGGACACAAAGAUCCCUCUUUAUACCCCUAACAGGGCUAAGAAGGACAGAGCUCCUAUGUCCCCUAGAGACCCUAUGUCAAAGUCAAAUGAGGACAUUUCCAAGCUCAAGAAGAAGACGGGGGGGACUGCUUUCAAGCAGUCCAUCAAGAACUUCUUUGGGAGGAAAAGGAAGAAGGCCAAGUAUGAGUUCCAGGACACGGACUCCUACACAGAUAUCAAUGGAUGUCAUGAUGGUGAGGUUCAAAUCCAGGUGAUACGGGACGCAGAUGAGGACGAUGCAGAGUAUAGCGAGGAAAAUAUUCAAAUAGCAACAAAUUUCUUCCCAGCAACGUCAUCGUAUGAACUCGAAAAUUCCUACGAUCAUGAAGAAUCGGCCAGUAGUACAGUGUGAUAAACAAAGUACACAUACCGUGUGGUUAACAUUGAACAAAUAGUGCGGGUAAAUGUCCUAUAAACAGCAUUGUCAAGGUUAGCAUGUAAGCAUUAUUUCAUUGUCAUAAGGAAACUGAAUAUAUCAUGGAAUCACUUGUUGUAUAGGUCUUGUUCCACAUGGUUAGUUGUCUAGCUCCAACAUACUUGUCACAAACUCGGCAUCAUAAGGGUUCACACACGAGCACUAAGACUUUCUCAAAGACAGAAGCCGAAAGUCGCUCAUAGACCGUUACUCGAAAAGUGCCAGUCGUGUUAAGAACAUUAUGUUCUAUGGGACAAGACUUGAUAAAACCUCAACUAGGAAAGGAUAAGUUUUGUGAGGACCACAUGCUUUUGAGCUCCAGUCUUAUCAAGACCAACAUAUAACAAAGACUUCUUUUUCGUAAGACCACAACCUCAUAUCUCAGAAGUGCUAGUCUACAAAUAGACUAACAAAGAUCACGAUUUCGUAUGUGCAUUUUACUAAUCCUGCCAAUACCACGAUUCCUCAGCUUUACAUAAUAAGACCAGAUAAAUGUAUAACUGCGUCUUUAAUUUAUUGGUGUUUCAUUAUUUUUUAUUUUUGUACAAAAGAAAGUAACAUAUCUAGAACAUUUUGAGAGGCGAAAUUAUCUACUAAUAGCACAGCAUCAUAGAAGAUUUGUAAUACACAAAUGAUGUAAAGUCUUUUCGUGAAAGUUGUCAGGAUAUGUAUAUGAUGCAGGAUCUACAUGUGAAAGUUAUGGGCCACUACAAAAGCCUUUUUCAUCAAUUUCGUAAGACUGAAAUGCGAAUAAAAACCUGAGAAUUUUGUAUCAUGGGUAUCAUGGGUGUUGGUGAGUGUGUCUGUAUGAUAGGUAUUCUGUUUUCAUGCAAGGCUACUAACCUUUUCUGUCAUCAAUCAUUUUACAAAAAAGGUGCGUUUUAUUAGCUUCAGAUUGGGAGAAAGACGGCCGAAAACGAUCAUUUGAUGAAUGAACACACCGCUGAAUUAUUAAAUACCAAAAUCCAUGUUAUCAGGGACGUAUAAUGCUCUACAUACUGUCCCUGAUGUUAUAUAUCAUUUUAUGAAACUCAUCGAAUAUUUAGUAAAAGGUUUUUUAGCUGAACAUGUUUGAUAGUCAUUAAAACGUUGUUCAAAUGCGUGUGAUUAUUAAUUGACAAUCUCGUGUGAAUAUUAAUUGACAAUCUUGCGUGAUUAUUAACUGACAAUCUCGCGUGAUUAUUAAUUGACAAUCUCGCGUGAUUAUUAAUUGGCAAUCUCGUGUGAUUAUUAAUUGACAAUCUCGCGGCGUGCAUUCAUUUUCAAUUGAAUAAUGUCACACAUUGUAUGCACAUUUGUUGUAAUAUCACUUCCGUGACCAUUUUGUCUUUGUACGGUGGUAUUGCUGACCAAGAGCAUGACUCCUUAACCCACCCUACCCACUGCUUGGCAUUGUACUUGACAUGUCCAUCUUUGAAUUUCGUGUCAUUUGAUAAAAUAUACUUUCAAAGGUGGACUUGAAUAAAUCGUCCUUUCGCUACUGGUAUCAUUUAGACAUAUUUCAUAGGGAUUGGGCACAAGUUCUGACAACUUACUAGCCCCUCCCCCGACAGUAUAAUAUACAAUUGCUAUAGAUAGCACGUGGGUACAGGAGAUUUGAACAUGCAUUCAUUAUAAUUGACAUGUCACUGCUAUGUUCGGAAGGUAUCAAUAAUUAAAAUGUAUUGGCUUAUAAUCGGAAAAACAUCAUAAUAAGUUUGGGAAAAAGUACCGGUACUAUAGUAAGUUUGACGCUUCAUUACUCUAUGUGUGAAAAUAUAUUACCAUAUAUACAUGUAACAACCUACGGCCCUUCGACUAUAUGAGCCUGUACCUCGUGUACGAUUCUAUAUUGAUGAAAGGUAUUGUCGGGGUAUUUGCUUGUGCUAAUUAUUUCUACGUCAGCACACUGCUCUCUCCCUCAAUCUUCCUUUUCCAUUCCAUCAGUCUAUCAACCCAUACACAUGUAGACAACGACGUUUUUGUUGGAACGUUGAUAUGGGUAUUUGCUCAGUGAUACUAUUUCAUUAAGUGCAAAAGGUGUAAAUGUAAAUGACAAAGAGAUCAAGGAUACGUUGACACUUUCCAAACAUACAUGUUACAGUGUGUUCAUUAGUUUUGUCAUCAGUGUGUGGAUCGAUCCAUCAUUAACACGUUCCACCAUACAAAGUCCAGCCUGUGACGUGAUCCAGUUAAUUGUGUCUCUGUUGGCGGAAGUCCAGCGUGUGACGUGAUCCAGUUAAGUUUGUCUCUGUUGGCGCUAUGUGUUGCUAAUCAUCAUACAUCUUAACGUUUUUGUUUAUUUCUUCCAUAUCUAAAUAUCAGAUAUGAGAUAUACUUACUGCAUUGUCUCAUCCAAAUCUCUAACGUCAAUAGAUGUCAUUUGUGAUCUAAUACUCGGAUGAAUUCGAAGCUGUUUGGUGUAAAGGUUCAUUGUAAACAUAUUACAAUUAAUUCAUGUACAUACACAUUUUGAUAGAUGAAAUUUACAUAAUGUCUGAAAAUUGUCUAACUCUAUAUUUUAAGAUAUACCGUGCUAAUGAUGCUAUUUCACCAAUAUUAAGCUAGAGUGUGUAUACGUAUUGGAUAGACAUAGCCAAUGCUGUGUCGAGGUCAAUCAAGAUGAAAUAUCUAUUAUUUUUGGAAUUUACAUUAUUUACAAAUGUAUGUUAUAAACUUCAGUAAAAAAGGGAGAUAUAUAUUUUUAAAUGGAAAUAAAAAAACAGCUGAUAUUCAGAUGAAUGCCAAAGAGUGUCUUUAUAAGGUACAAUAUGAUUUACUCUUUACAUUGUUCGUCAUAAUAGAGGAUUUUUUUCAAGAAUUGUAUUAUGCAUAACUGUUAUGUGUCUUGGAUGCUGGUAUUAUUUUGUUACUAUAGAUCCAAAAUGAGGAAAAAGCUUAUGCCAACUCAUUAACUUAUCUUAUAUUGAAUAAAAGUAUCAAGAAAAC